CUCCUUAAAGAUGAACUGGCCGACGUCACGCGCGAGAUGGAGGCGGCCGACGUGUCCGAGGCAUAUUGUGUGUUCCAUGCCCUCACCCUGUGUUGUAUCAUGCGUUCCAUGCUCACGCUACCGUGUCGUACACUACAGGGCAUUGAGUACCUCAUUGAACACGGGCUGCUGCAGAACUUCAAGUUCCAUGGCAUUGAGUACCUCAUUGAACACGGGCUGCUGCAGAACUGCAAGGAGGACGUCGCACAGUUCCUCUUCAAGGGAGAGGGCCUCAACAAGACGGCCAUCGGAGAAUACCUGGGAGAGAGGUAA